ACCGCGUUCCGCGACCUUGCGCGGGGAGGCGUUGCAGGCACAACGGGAUUGCGUUUGGCAGCUGCGUAGACGCAUGCGUCAACUGGCCACCUGCAUCUCUCUGCUUUCCCACUCUGUCCUUGCCUUCCUAGUCCGGGCUAGCCUGCGCAGUCCUGCCAACCGUCUAGCCUGCCCUGAUUUCUGAGCAGGGGUGGUCCUCGUUUUACUCCAAGGGAGACUGAAGCCAGGAGGUGGUGGGAGAAGAGCACAGUAGCAAUUACUGAGUCCUGUUGUAGUCCCAGCAGUUUUCAUUUAUUAUAUAAAUCCUUAUUCUAAUUGUGCGAGUUAAAUAUCGGUGGGGAAGCUAAAAUGAAAAAGAUUACAUGGGGGAAAAAAGCAUGAAAUAUUUAAAAAUAUAUUCCCCAAGAUGUCAACCUCAGUUCCUCAAGGCCAUAAUUGGACCCGACAGGUGAAGAAGGAAGAUGAGGAAGAGGACCCACUGGAUCAGCUCAUCUCCCGCUCUGGCUGCGCUGCCUCCCACUUUGCAGUGCAGGAGUGCAUGGCCCAGCACCAGGACUGGCGGCAGUGCCAGCCACAGGUGCAGGCCUUCAGGGAUUGCAUGAGUGAGCAGCAGGCAAGGCGGCGGGAGGAGCUGCAGAGGAGGAAAGAGCAAGCAAAUGCCCACUGCUGAGACCCCAAACCACCUGUCCCCAGGAGAUGGCCAUGUAGAAACCAGCACCCAAAGACGCCAUGGGAAGAAGAAAUCCUAAAUGAUGGACAUAAUGGGCCAGAAGGACAUAAUGGGGAUGGUCUUUGGAACUGGGGUUGCUGAGACCCAGACACCAUGGGUUUGGAUGGGACUGCCACAAAGAGCUGUUAUAUAUUCAUGAUCAAAUCCCACACAUCCUUACUCAUCUUGUUCCACUAAUAUUUGCCAUCUAAAACAAAAUGAGGUAAGGGAUGUACCCAUCUCAGUACUUGGGUGUGCCAAGCACUCAGUGUACUCAAUUCAGGGACAUUUUAAUUUAGGAGUAAAUUCACAAUAUAAAGAUAUAUUGAUUAGCAAAUUA